AUGAAGAACCUACUUCCAAACAUGCCACCAAGAAGAGAAAGGCUGAAGCUACUCCCAAAGAAGCAACCCCCCACCUCGACGCCAAGUCCUACAUCACCUCCAACACCUUCUGUUGGAUGUAAAUGUGAUGAGCUGAAGGAGGAGCUAAGAGAGCUGAAAACAGAGUUGAAGGAGGACCUCAAAGACCUGAAAACGGAGCUCAUCAAAGAACUUAAAAUCACCAUCAAAGAAACUCAAGAAACUCAAGAAACUCACCAUGCUUAUAUGAAAAAGUUGGUUAUUAGUAUGUCCGAACAGUUAUUAGCCAAAUUCAACCAAAAGAUGACCAUUUUAAUAGCCAAAUUAGAUAAUAUGAGGGAGAAGAAAAAGAAGAAGAAGAAGAAGAAAAAGAAGAGAAAGGUGGACAACAAGAAGGAGAAAAUUGAGGAAAUGAUGGAGAUGAAGUUGAAGGUGGAUGGUGUGGAGGAUGAGGAGAGUGUGGAUGUGAGGGUGAAGGAUGAGAAGAGUGUUGAGGCUGUGGAGAAUGAGGAGAGUGUGGAUGUGAAGGUGAAGGAUGAGAAGAGUGUGGAUGUGAAUGUGAAGGAUGAGAAGAGUGAGGUGGUUGAUAAGGAGAAGAGUGGAGAGGUUGAGAAGGAGAAGAGUGGGGAGGUUGAGAAGGAGAAGAGUGGGGAGGUUGAGAAGGAGAGUGUGGAUGUGAAUCUCACCAAUAUGAUACAACAAGGAAUUAAGAAGAAGAAGAAGAAGAAGUUUGAAGAUGACGAUUAUGAUUUCAAAUAA